ACGCUACCCACGGCCUGCGCAUGACGUUUUACUUGGGUAUUUUUCCCUCUUCCGCGCGCCGAGAAGAAGCGAGGAAAAGAGCCCGGAGUAUGCAAACCUCAUGUCCCCGCCGCUGAUCCUGCAGGCCGGGCAUCACAACCUAGAGCCCACCUGCCUCUUUCGCCUGCGUUUGCGCGCGUGCCCCGGCAAGCUACGAUCGAAGCGCACCACGCCAGACCACGCCCCCUGCCCUGCCUCAAAGCGACGUCCCGAUACGGCCACGCGGGCAACUGAAGGGGCGGCUCGACCAAUAAAUGCAAUGGGCGAACGCAACAACGCAGCCUCAUCGGGCGAAUCAGCCUCGAUUCGCAACGGCACAGAGACCUGCCAUAAGAGGCAGAUCGAUUGCCCCUCCCGGGUCGUUCAUUUUAAUUUUUACUCAGCGGUUUCUCAGCUGUGUUCUCAUGCGAAGGAUGCUCCGCCCGGCCGUGCAAGCCGUCCUUCGGUGGGCACGUAAAGGCGUCACUUAUGCUCGUGCCCAUGCUCGGGAUCGCCGACUCUCGAGCGCAGCGCGCCGCAGUGCAGCGUCAAACGCACUUGUGUAUCGGGUGGGGGGACGCAGGGAGAGGACGCAGAUUUGCGGCCCUGCAAAUCCCGAGAAAGUCGCAUUGGCCGAUCCCCGAUUGCGCUCUGCCGCGCGUUUCGCGCGCGCGCGGCGGCUCGCCCUGACAUAGGUUGCAGCCCUAGGUAUGUCCGCUAUACCCUCUUGGCAGAGGCGGCAGUGCGGCAGUGGUGAGGGCCGUGGCAUGCCGCCGUAUGUGUGUCUGUCUUAUGUGCGGACUACGUCCGCAACGAAACCACCUGCCCCCGCGGCGCCUCCCGGGCGGGCAGCGUGGCAAGCUAGUGCCCCACCGCCUUACGUCUAUUUGGUGCGCGUUUUGGACUUGUAAGGUAGCAGAGGUUGUGACAUUCGGGACAUGUGAGAUGCGGUUUCCUGCGCUGCGACGCCACAUUGCUGCCAGACAGGUCGCCGGACGACACGGCUGAGGCGCUGGCAGGUCUGGUGUUCUCACUUCCGCGUCCCUUACUGUACUCCGAUAUCUCCAAGGCAAUCUAUCGUGUGCGCUACCGCCUGGCC